CCCGUUCCCGCCCCGCCGCGCGCGGGGCACGACGGGAACCGCCCUCAGCCGGGACCCGCCAUUUUCUGCCGGGAAAGGCGGGAAGGGGGAGAUCGAAGCCGCCGCAGCUGCACCGCGGGACCCGCACGGCUCCAGCGCCGCCGCCAGCGCCGCUCGCAGGCUGUGACGGCCCGGGAUGGCCCGCACCAAGCAGACGGCCCGGAAAUCCACCGGCGGCAAGGCGCCGCGCAAGCAGCUGGCCACCAAGGCGGCCCGGAAGAGCGCGCCGUCCACGGGGGGCGUCAAGAAACCGCAUCGCUACCGCCCCGGCACGGUGGCGCUGCGCGAGAUCCGGCGCUACCAGAAAUCCACGGAGCUGCUGAUCCGGAAGCUUCCGUUCCAGCGGCUGGUGCGGGAGAUCGCGCAGGACUUCAAAACGGACCUGCGCUUCCAGAGCGCCGCAAUCGGGGCUCUGCAGGAGGCCAGCGAGGCGUACCUGGUGGGGCUGUUCGAGGACACCAACCUGUGCGCCAUCCACGCCAAGCGCGUCACCAUCAUGCCCAAGGACAUCCAGCUGGCGCGGCGGAUCCGCGGCGAGCGCGCCUGAGCCGGCAAUCCCGGGAAAUCCCGGGAAAUCCCGGGAAAUUCCAGAAAUCUGGAAAUUCAGGAAUUCUGGAAAUCCUGGAAUUCGGGAAUCCCGCUCGGGCUGGGGCGAGUUCCUCCCUUUUUUGUACACUCGGGGGU